AUGGCCGCCCAGCGGGUCGUGCUCGCGCUGCUCGUGCUCCCCUGGGGCUGCGGCGCCGCACAGACCGCGGGGGAGCUCUACUGCGGCGAGCAGGACAACUGCUACGAUCUGCUGGGCGUCGACCGCAGCGCGGACGCGGCGACAAUCAAGAAGGCCUACCGGAAGCUCGCCCUGAAGUGGCACCCGGACAAGAACAAGCAGGCCGGCGCCAAGGAGCGCUUCACGAAGAUCAGCCGGGCGCACGAGGUGCUCUCGGACGACAAGCUGCGCCCAGCCUACGACUAUGGGCCUCGCCUGGACGAGCGUAGACGCUCCGAGAGUGUCUUCGGCCAGCAGGGCCCGGCCAUCGACGUCCGCGAGCGCCUGCGCCAGGGGGAGGUCGCGCUGAGCUGCGAUUGCGACUGCGGGUCGCAGUGGGGAGCGCUGGCAUUGUACUGCUCAGCCUCCGUCCGUCUCCUGGCCUUCCUUCCUAUCUCCUUCCGCUGGUACUACCAUGCGGUCUACGCCCCGAAGACACCGCUGUGGGCCGUCACCACCGGAGUGUUGCUCUUCUUCUCCCUGCUGCAGUACAUCAACCAGCACUGGAAGUACAAUUCCAUGAUGCGUUGCAUAAGGAUCUUUGCCGCGCUCGCAGAUCACAAGGACGCGAGCCGCGUGCGCACAUUGCUCCACUCGCCAUGCCGCGAUAGGUACCAGCAGAAGUUCCAGAAGCGCGUCAACGAGCGCCUGGAGGCUGAAAUUGCCGCGCACAAAGGCAAGCUGAACAAGACGGAGAGGGAUAUCCUGCGACAGAGGGUGGAGGCGGACGUCAUCGAGAACGAGGUGCAGCUCUCCGGGGGCGACUUUUCGAAGCCGAACUUUUGGUCAUUGGUGGUGUUUCGGUUCGCGCUCCUCCCCGUGACUAUCACGAGGUGGUUGUGCUCGUGUGCGCAGUGGCAUUGGAGGUUCACGGUCAAGAAGGCGGGCGGCCCCGAAAGCGCGUUCCGCCGUAAUUAGGAGUAUAUCCAAAUCCGCCGCGUCAGAGUCGCGCCCUGGGACCUCGGAGAGCGGUGGGCUUGGAUACUCGCCCGCCCCGCGGGGAAGCAUCCAUCUCCACCGCUCCCCCAUGGGCCCGGGGUGGGCGUGCAUUGGUGGUGCGCGCGCGUCUUCUGUCACGCUGUUUCCAUGGAGCAG